AGGAGGAACGCGGCCCCCGCCGCUGUCCAGCUGCUCCGUGCCUUUCGCGCCCGGCGCAGCCACCGCUGUCGCCGCCGCCUCUCGGAGAAACUCAGCCACUCUCUCGCCAUGGACACUCCUAGGGUCCUUCUCUGGGCGAUCUUCCUCAUCAGCUUCCUCUGGGAUUUGCCGGGUUUCCAGCAGGCUUCCAUCUCCUCGUCCUCCUCCACCGAAUUGGACUCCACCAAGGACGUGGAGAACCGCAAGGGAGGGAAGAUGCAGCGGACUCCCCAAGAGAGUGCCGAGGGCCGGACGCCCAAGGAGCACCGGCCGCGGCCGAAUGAGCUCAGGCGGCGACUGCCGGGACAAUCUCUGGGGCAGGAGCCGCCGGGCAGGGGGCCGCGCGUGGUGCCUCACGAGUACAUGCUGUCAAUCUACAGGACUUACUCCAUUGCCGAGAAGCUGGGCAUCAAUGCCAGCUUUUUCCAGUCUUCCAAGUCAGCUAAUACGAUCACUAGCUUUGUAGACAGAGGACUGGACGAUCUCUCGCACACUCCUCUCCGGAGACAGAAGUAUUUGUUUGAUGUGUCCACGCUCUCAGACAAAGAAGAGCUGGUGGGCGCAGAGCUGAGGCUUUAUCGCCAGGCGCCCCCAACGCCCUGGGGGCCACAAACCCGACCGCUGCAUUUGCAGCUCUUCCCCUGUUUGUCCCCAUUGUUACUGGACUCUAGGACCCUGGAUCCUCAGGGGCCAACAGAAGCUGGCUGGGAAGUUUUCGACGUGUGGCAGGUCCUGCGCCCUCAGCCGUGGAAGCAGCUGUGCUUGGAGCUUCGGGCAGUCUGGGGUGAGCUGGACGCCAGGGAUUCAGGAGCGCGCCCGAGGGGUCCCCAACAGUCACCGCCCCUGGACCUGCGGAGUCUGGGCUUCGGCCGGAGGGUGCGGCCGCCCCAGGAGCGCGCCCUGCUUGUCGUGUUCACCAGAUCGCAGCGCAAGAACCUGUUCACUGAGAUGCAUGAGCAGCUGGGCUCUGCAGAGGCUGCCGGAGCCGAGGGGUCAUGGCCAGCGCCGUCGGGCGCCCCAGACGCCGGGUCUUGGCUGCCCUCGCCCGGCCGCCGGCGGCGACGCACCGCCCUCAGCAGCCGUCACGGCAAGCGACACGGCAAGAAGUCCAGGCUGCGCUGCAGCAGAAAACCUCUGCACGUGAAUUUUAAGGAGUUAGGCUGGGACGAUUGGAUUAUCGCGCCCCUAGAGUACGAGGCCUAUCACUGCGAGGGCGUGUGCGACUUUCCGCUGCGCUCGCACCUGGAGCCCACCAACCAUGCCAUCAUCCAAACGCUGAUGAACUCCAUGGACCCGGGCUCCACCCCACCCAGCUGCUGUGUUCCCACCAAAUUGACUCCCAUCAGCAUCCUGUACAUCGAUGCGGGCAAUAAUGUGGUCUACAAGCAGUACGAGGACAUGGUGGUGGAGUCCUGUGGUUGUAGGUAGCGGUGCUGUCCCGCCUCCUGGGCCAGGGACCACGGAGGAAGGCCUAACUGCUGAGAGAGAAGCAGGAGCUGUCCUGGAAGAGGCCACAGGUGGGGGACAGCAUGAAAGU